AAGAUGGGGCCGCUCGCCAUCCGGGAACAGGUCAAGGAUUUCUUCGAGAAGCACUUGACGGGCGAGCCCGCCGUGCACGGCUCCGGGAAGAUAGAGGGCCGCGUCGAGUUGCAGAUCGCGGCGGGCUCGAACCCCGAGGCUCGCGCGAUCCUGGGCCUUCCGGGCGCGGUCUUGGAGGAUCUCGCGGCGGCGCAGCUCGCGGGGCCUGCGCCAAAGGGGCCGCUCGAGCGCCAGAUCUCGAGCCUC